AUGGAGACCGGUUUUGCUGCCCCGUGGCACCAGUUCGUCGAAGAUUUGGGGCAAACCCCGUGUCUCCCAGGAAAUGAUUUAAACAGUGUCUUGGCCGGUUGGGGACAGCUGGCGGGUAAAUUAGCUACGCGAUACGGGUUUCCUCCGCCCGAUGAGAGCGUGACGACCGAGGAUGUCCAGCUGGAUGGACUGUGGCUGCGUUGCUACACACCCCCUAACGCGACGGGCCAGGAACCAGUGGGCCUCUACUUUCACGGGGGAGGCUGGGUGAUGGGAGGAGUCAAGGAAGAAGAUGGUUUCUGUCGCGUUAUCAGUCGCCAAUGCCAGAUGCGCCUCAUCAGCGUGGAAUACCGCAAGGCUCCUGAGACUCGCUAUCCUGGCGCGCUGAACGACGGUGUUAGCGCUGCCCUCUGGGCGCUAUCGCGCUAUGAGAGCCAACCCCUUGUCAUGAUGGGCACGUCCGCUGGUGGGAAUCUGGCCUUUGGCACGGCGCUGCGACUAGUGGACCAAAACAUGGCGGAUAAAGUCAGCGGGGUGGUGGCGAUGGCGCCCAUCACCGUGCACCCGGACGCAGUACCAGACCAUUUGAAGGAGCAGUAUACAGCGUAUGAGGAGAAUGCAGAGUUGACUGUGAACUCGCGGGCUGCCAUGCAGGUGUUUUUCGAUUGUUAUAAGGCACCGGUGGACGACGUCUACACCUCUUGUAUUCUGCACCCGAGGUUGCGUGUUCUACAAAAGGUGUAUAUUGCCGAGCUAGGGUUGGACACGCUACGAGAUGAUGCCAGGUUGAUGAAGGGGGCGUUGGACACUGCUAAGGUGCCGACUUUGUACGAUGCUUACCCGGGAUAUCCGCAUUGCUCGUUCAUGUUUCCUUUUAGAUCUCUGAGAGAGCACCAGAAGAGCUUUUUGGAGGGAGUAGCGAAGGCAGUACGAUGGAUGUCGUCGUAG